AUAUCUUGGGUCGCCACUACACAAAGGUUAAGAAUCGAUGGCAUAGAUCGCAGAUUUCUAUAUACCUAUAUUUAAGUCUGUAGCAUAGAUCUCAUAACUAUAAUAUUGAUAAUAGGUCCAUGGUUAUGCGCACUGCCUCUUAUCAACCGUCGGCGUUCUUAUCAUGCACGUGGACUGCAUUUCCGUAACUAUCACGAAACGGACUGCCGGGCAGCGUUUUUAAGCGGGUGUUGAAAGCAACUCGGUACGGUCGUGAAACUAUCAACAAAGUCAACAAUUGCGCUGCAGAAACAAGGUGAUAUAUAAAGAUCGUCGUUCCAAAACUAACUAGCCUCGAAAUUUCUAGUUCAACAUGAAACUCGCGUUCGGCCGUCUCGCGACCAUUGGCUUCACGUUGGCCAGACGCUGUACGACCGCAGGACCACCUGUCAUUAAACAAGUCAAUGUCACGAAGCCUCACUCGCGGCCGCCACCAUCGUCCAGCCAAUCGUUCACUUUCCUGGAUACAGAGAACUACAACGCACACAAUGUGAUGGUCCAGGAUGCGGCGUAUAGCCAGACGGUUAUCGAUCCUGACAACCAGCAGGACUGGAUCGUCGUGAAUGACAAAGAGUUCCACUUGCUGGUCACGCAGGAGUCAAAGGAGAAGAGUGUUUACGAAGUGUGCGAUGAUUUCCUGAAGGUGAGCAUGUAUGCGAUGGGCAGGGAUUUUGAUCUGACUGACCCAAUGUUUGACGUGCUUCGUAAUCAAUUGGUAGCUAUGCUACCCCAAGUCACGGAUUACCAGCUGAUGUCCAUAAUGAGAAUGAUUCCAUUAUGGAACAUGAAGAACGCCAAGGACCCAGUUUUCUAUAAGUUGUGGUCAGCUUUAGACAAGCAGUGCAUCGAGAGGUAUAAAAAGUGGAGUCUUGACAAAUUGCUUUUGUGUAUGGAUCACUGGUAUAUAAUGAGGUUGUCAAGAAUGAGUAACUUUGUUUGGUUAGGCGUAAAGAAACUGUCACGCAAACCAUCCAGGUUGACUCCUAAGCAAUUAGUUCAAAUGAUGUUUUAUGCUAAUACUAGUAGAAAAUUUUUACCAACAUUACCUAUGUAUGAUAUCGAACAAGAAAUAUGUACAUAUUAUAAUGACUUUAGUAUUAGAGAACUGGGCAUAGUAUCUUUGGGAUUCUUUAAAACCCAAACACCUAUACGCAAUCAAGAACUUGUAAGGAAUCUUUACCAUUCUGUAAAUAAAAAAAUUACUGAGAUCAAUAGUAUAGAACUGGCAGCAUUUUUAAAGAUAUUUAGAUAUUGUACAAAACAUAUAAAUGCUGAUUCUAUGCACAAAUUAAUGGAUGCCUUAGUGAAUCGUGUUGAUGAUGUACAGUUAGUAUGUUGUGUGCAUAUGGCACUUUUGGGUACUAAUUUAUUGAUAAGACAUGAGAGUCUUCUAAAAAAAAUUUCUCAGCGAAUGGUCAAUGAAAUAUCUCAAGCACGAAUUAAGGAUUUAGAAAGAAUAACAUUGGUAUUAUCUAUGCUUAAUUAUAAUCCAAACACAACACCUUGUAUUUUUGAAACAAUUAUUAAUGAGAUUUCGAGUGACAGAAGAAAUAUUGAUUUUGAAAAAUAUCCUAAAUGCUAUAUUUUUAUUUUAUGUUACUUAGGAAUAAAAAAUAUUUAUCCAUAUGAUUGUAUUUCAAAAGCUUUGAAAACUGAAACACUUCAUAGAUGUUUUGGAAAAAAACUAUGCAGAUUUAAUGUUCCCCGUGAUAUUUUGUGUUUGAAUAACAGUCUGCUUCUAGAAUGUCCAGACUACACUGGAUCAUUACUACCUGAUGCGCUAAAAGAAUCUUGCAAUGAACAUUUAGCUUGGCACAUACCAACUACAAGCAAUUUUAAAAAACUAUCUCAUGAUGACACUAACUUUAAGAAAGUAUAUACAACACUUGUGGAAAUGUUUAAAAAAGAAUCUUAUUUACAUGUAUGUUAUCUUCUUCCUCAUCAUCCCAAAGCCGAUACAUUAUUUUGUAUUGAUUCUAAUGGCAAACCAGUAACCAUUCCAGAGGCAAUGAAAAAUAAAACAAUUUUCAAUGAUUUCCAUGAACCGCCAAAGUUAGGAAAAUGGUUUGCACUCGUUAUUCUUGGAAGAAAUUCAGUAUUGUUCUAUAAUUAUGAAUUUAAUGGUUUAACAGUGUGUAAGAUAAGACAAUUAAAAAAACUUGGCUAUGAGCCGAUUUUGUUAAAUAUCAAUGAGCUGAAAGAAAAUUGUAAUAUUCAAUCAUUAGUAAAUGAAAAACUGAAGCUUUAUGAUGUAAUUUUAAAUGUUUAAAAUAUGUGUUAGAAAUAG